AUGUUGAGAACGAUCACUGGAAGAACCGCAAUCUUGAGACAAUCGUCCUCUCGUCCAACUUCUCUCCUCUUAAGAACAUUCUCCACUAAAUCUCCAAAAAUCUAUGACUUUAAUCAAAUUAAAAAAUUAGUACAACAACCAAUUGAAUCAAAAACAUUAGUAGACGUAAGGGAACCUGAAGAAUUGAAAGAAUAUGCCAUGCCUACAGCAAUUAACAUCCCUUUGAAAACUGCUCCUGGUGCACUAAGUUUAUCAUCUGAUGAAUUCUUUGAUAUUUUCCAUUUCGAAAAACCGCCUAUAAAUAAUGAAUUAAUAUUCUUUUGUCAAAAGGGUAUAAGAGCUCAAACUGCAGAGGAAUUAGCUAGAUCUUAUGGUUAUGAAAAUACAGGGAUUUAUCCCGGUUCCAUCAAAGAAUGGCUUGAGAAAAAUGGUAAAGAUAUUAAACCGACAGCUACCUUUCAAGCUAAACUAUAA